GCCCUGGGCUCUCCAGGCUCCUGAGUCCAGCUCCUAAUAGCUCAUUGUUUGCUAAAGCUGAAAGCUCAAAGCGAAUAAACCACCAUGAGGCUGUCCCUCUCUGUCCUGCUGGUCAGUCUGGCCCUUUGCUGCUAUGAGGCCAAUGCGGUCGUCUGUCCAUCCCUUGCUAUUGAUCUCUCAGGCUUCUUAUUCACUAUCGACUCUGUCUACAAGUUACAACUUCAGAAAUAUGCAGCACCUCAAGAAGUUGUUGAGGCCAAGUUGCAAGUGAAGCAAUGCACGAAUGAGAUCUCCUUUGGGAACAGAGUGCUAAUCACAGAGACCUUGGUAAGGCUUUCUUCUUUGUGCAUAGAGACUUCUGCUCAGGUGAACAGCCAGGAAGGACGUCAGGGUACCGCUCUUGGGGGGGUGGCGCAGGGAGGACAGAUGGUGGAGGUACCUGCCUCACCGCUCACCUCUGAUAGUGUGACCCAUGGCCACAGGAUGGAUAAUAAUAUUACACCUGCUGAGCUAUACCAAGACUGCACAGAGCAUCUGGGCAUGUUCCUCCUUCUAAGGACACCUGUCUGGGUGCCGGAUUCCCCAUAG